GGGAUUUCUCUGAGUGGCCCUUUCACUCUGCUCCUCCGCUGCUGCUGCUGCUGCUGCUGCUGCCUCCUGGAAAUCAGGCUUUUCUCUGAGUGAGCCACCCAGAGGGAAUGUGAGCGCGCUGCAGCGUAUAAAAGCAGCAGUCUGCAAACAGCAGGAGCAGAGACACGCUUGUGCAAUGAAACGGAGGAGGCAGCUCCACAGCGAGAGAGGAGUUCCUGCACAGUGGGUCUGUUGCAUAAUGAAGAAACAGUUCAGGUGAAGAAGACGUGUGAAGGGAGGACGACCUCAUCCGAGUCACAGCUUCAGUUAUGAGUCAUUGUCUUCAUCAAAGCGGUCGUGAUUGUCUCCAUGGAUUUAUUAUUCCAAAGAACCGUCUCAGCCAGAGGAACCACAUCGGGCCCGGGGCUCGGUGGUGAUGCUGGCGAUGCAAUACAACAGCCCCUCAGGUAAUAGCUCCCCCUCCCCCGUCUCCAACCACACCACCAUGGGGCCUGAGGUGGAGGCCGUCGCCCGUAAUGACACCCGUCCACCGAACAACCCCACGGCUGCCGGCCUCAGCAUGACUCUGGGCAUCCUGUUCAACGUGGUGGCCCUGGUCAUUCUGGCCAAGGCUUACAACCGCUUCCGCCGCCGGUCAAAGGCCACGUUCCUGCUCUUCGCCAGCUCCCUGGUGGCGACAGACCUGGCUGGACAUGUGAUCCCCGGAGCCCUGGUGUUGAGGAUAUACUCGGCAGUAGCCGUCUCCACACCGAACACCACCAAAUUCAAGGGGGACCCUGAUGCCUCGUGUCUGUUUCUGGGGGGGUGCAUGGUGUUCUUCGGCCUGUGCCCACUUUUCCUGGGUUGUGCCAUGGCUGCUGAGCGCUGUCUGGGCGUCACCAGGCCUCUGCUACAUGCACGCCUGGUGACCACGGCACGGACUAAAAUGGCACUGACCCUCAUCUGGCUGCUGGCGCUGUGCGUGGCCAUGCUGCCCUUCUUCAGCCUGGGGGCCUACACCUACCAGUACCCGGGGACGUGGUGCUUCAUCCGGGUGAUGGAGGACACCGAGGCCACGGACCUGGCCUUUGUGAUGCUGUUCUCUGGACUGGCGCUGAGUUCCCUGGCCAUGGCCUUUGUGUGUAACACCAUCAGUGGGAUCACGCUGGUGCGAGCCCGGCUAAAGAAGAGGUGCAGCUCCCAGCGCCGCUCGGCCAGGUCCCAUGACACGGAGAUGGUGGUGCAGCUGGUCGGCAUCAUGGUCACCUCCUGCAUCUGCUGGAGCCCUCUGCUGAUCUUUGGAGUGAUGUCGGCCUUGCGGUCCUACAGCGGCUCGCUGAGCGGCGACCGGGACACUUACCGGGCUCUGAUGAUCACGGGCGUCAGGAUGGCGACCUGCAACCAGAUCCUGGACCCGUGGGUCUACAUCCUGCUGCGGCGGGCCAUCCUCAGGAAGAUCUACCGCAUCACCAAGAAGCAGGCCAGCUUCAAGGGGAGCACAUUCCGCACCACCCGCUGGGACGUCAGCUCCUUUCAGAACUCGGAGAAAUCCAGUGUUAAUAAGAGUUAGAGGAUCAGAUGGUCAGAACUGAACCCGGCAGCUUCUCAUCCUGAACUGACUUCAGUCUCAUGAGGUCCCGGAUGAAAAGAGAUUUCUUUCUGUUGGAACGAGGCCACGUUUCCUUCUUCUUAUGAAGCAUAGACUGUAAAUAAAGAUGGACGACAUGACAGCUGCUUACAGUGAUGCCAAGUGUCUUCACCGCCCCCUGGUGCCUGGCUGCAGCAUUGGUCAUAAACCCCCACCUCCUUAUUAACUUUUUUUUAAAAGAUGAUUUCUGUAAUAUUUCUGCUACAUUUGGUUUAAAUUAAUUAUUUAAUCAUUUAAAAACGGGUGAAUCUUUGUGAUGGUUAGCUGAGACUGACUCACGAUUGGUGGGGUUCGCCCCCCCCCCUCCCAAAUGUCACUUGCUGACACCAUCACCUCUUCGAAACAGAUCAUCACUGAAGAGCAAUGGAUCCUGGGGGAGGAGGGGCUGGUCAGGAUGGACCCAUUGGAGCUGUUCUUCUUUCGGGGAUGGAAGGACACAUGUGUCAGCCACAUUUGAAGGAGCGUUAAAAUGGGACCGCCCCACGCCACGCCCCUUUAAAUGCAGCCCGCGAAGGAUGUCACCCAUUAAUUGAGACUCUGCUUCUGGCUCCAAAUACACAAGAGGGAAGUUGUUAGUUCCCAGGAUAUCAUGGCUUCAUGUCCCUAUAGUGGGAGGAAGAGGAGGAGCGUCGGCCAUCUUUAUUUACAGUCUAUGUGUGAAGAGGUGAAAAGGUUGAAACGAGACAGUGUUAAACUACAGGGGGGGGGGGGGGGGGGGGGGACGCCCCAGCUCCUUAUAAACUGCUGACGAUGCACCAUGGCUCGGAGGUGUGCGUGGCAGUCUGUCCUCUAUGAGAGCAGAUGUAAAUAUAAAGUUGGGCGGGAGGACGAUGGCUUCCACCCGAGUGACGAGUGUCUGGAGUCUCACAGCGAACAUCUCAAGUCACGAGUGUCUUUCAAUGUUUGUUUUUUUUCAGUGACACAAUGUAAAAGUCAAUGACUUGUGUAGAUGCUCACGUGAGAGAGCAAAAGAAAAAGCUGUGCUCUUACCUCAGCUUGAAGAUGUGAAAAACACCGUUGUGUGUGUCCAGUGUGAUGCUGUGAUAUGAAUGUGUGUGUGUGUGUGUGUGUGUGUGUGUGUGAACAGUAUUUCCCUCACAUGAGUGGGGACUGAAGUGAAAGUCUGUGUUACCAAAGCUAAUUAAUAAAGGUGAAUGUCAGAUUACAAAAUAAAUGGUUCUGUUACAGUUUGUCAGUGGCUUUGGCUCAUGUCUUGAAACUGUAUUAAAAUUCUGCAACAGCUA